AAAAUAGUUCUAAUUCGACACCAUGUGUAGUGUACUAGAUAUCCAGUAAUGUGAGAUUUGGGUUUCGGUUUGUGUUGAUGGAGGUUUAGAGCUGUUGCGCCUCAGACAAGUUCCCGAGCGGAGCGAUAUCCAGUCCAGCAGUGAGACGGACCGCGCGCGCAGAAGACAAGAGAGAAGAGGGAGAGAGAGAGAGAGAGAGAGAGAGAGAGAGAGGAAAGAAAGAAGAGAAGAGGAAACUGGAUAGGGGGAUUCAGUGGAUUUCAACAGUCAUGGCUACUGAAACAACGUCUUGUACAGGCUCCAGUUUGCUGCAGCCUCUCAGCGACAUGAUUGACCUUCCUCUGGAUCAGGUGAACUUUGUGGUCUGCCAGAUCUUCGCCCUGCUCACGGCCUGCUGGUUUCGGCUCUAUCUGCACCCCAGCAAGACCAGUCCCUUUAUCCGGCAUGUCGUGGCCACACUGCUGGGCUUCUACCUGGCCCUCUUCUGCUUCGGCUGGUAUGCUUUACACUUUCUGGUUCAGAGUGGACUCACGUACGGUAUCAUGAUCUUCACUGGGGUGGAGCACAUGCACAGAUACUGCUUUGUGGUCGCUCUGGGCUACCUCACCCUCUGCCAGAUCACCCGGGUCUACUUUUUCGACUACGGCAUGUACUCGGCAGACUUCACCGGGCCCUUGAUGGUAAUCACACAGAAGAUCACCAGUCUGGCAUUUGAGAUCCAUGAUGGUCUGACAAAGAAGGAAGAGCAUCUCAAGCCUACUCAAAAGUAUCUCGCUGUCAGGAAAAUGCCAAGUCUUCUAGAGUAUUUGAGUUAUAAUUGUAACUUCCUGGGCAUCCUGGCAGGCCCCACAUGCUCCUACAAUGACUACACAGCCUUCAUCGAGGGCACGGGCUACCAGCACAAACAUGCGGAGUCAAAUGGCAAGGAGAAUGGCAAAUUCAAGCAACGUGACCCCUCACCAAAGAGAGACGUUCUGGUGAAGCUGGCCACCUGCACUCUUUGCCUGCUGGUCUACCUAACCUUCUAUCGCAUAUGUCCUGUGGAGCGCGUCAUCGACGACCCAUUCAUCAUGUCCCAGCCCUUCUACAUGCGCAUCCUCUACCUCUACCUGUCCAUGCUCAGUCUGCGGCCCAAGUACUAUUUCGUAUGGACACUGGCUGACGCGAUAAACAAUGCUGCUGGUUUUGGCUUUAAUGGUUACCAUAAAGACGGCACUCCAAGAUGGGACCUGAUCUCAAACUUGAGAAUACUGGACAUAGAGCUUGCAACAAGCUUCAAGUCUUUCCUCGACAACUGGAACAUUCAGACAGCACUUUGGCUGAAAAGGGUAUGUUAUGAGCGCUGUCCGUACCACCCGACAGCAGCCACCUUCCUGCUCUCUGCCAUAUGGCACGGAGUGUACCCAGGAUACUACCUCACCUUCAUCAUGGGCAUCGGCGUGACGCUGGCAGCCCGGGCAGUAAGACAUAACGUUAGGCAGCACUUCCUGGGUUCCUCCACACACAAGCUCAUAUACGACGUGAUUACGUGGGCCAGCACACAGAUCGCUAUAUGCUACACGGUGGUGCCAUUCGUUGUGUUGGCAGUGGGAGCUUCACUGAAGUUCUACUGGUCAUGGUACUUCGGUCUGCACGUGAUUUGCAUGCUGCUGGUCCUAGCCCUUCCUGUGAAGCGCAGAUCAUCACGUGAGAAGCUGCAGGAAAAACAGAACCAUCCGGCGGAGGGCAGUGACUUCUCCAGCACAGACCGUAACUGCAACCAGAAACAGAAAACGUCCUGAAGAACGGACACCUCCUUCCACCUCUUACACCCAGAGCUGUGGAGAAGUCGCAUCCAGACUGAUGAGCCCGAGUGGCUCUUUUUUCUCUCCUUCCAACCUAACCCGAACGGGACGUUACUAAAACGUGAAUAAGGACAGACAGACGAGUGUGGUGAGCCUCAGAGAAUGGCACCGGGGCUAAUCAGUUUACAGCGGGGGAAAAUCCUUCAGUGUGUUUUCACCAGUUUGGGGCUUUAAUUGGUCACAAGAGGAAUCGAUUGGGUCUUAAUGGAGAUUAACAAAUACAAGUUGCCUUAAAAACCCUCUAUUUACUAUCCAGUGCUCAGCAGGCUGGCAUUGAGAUCAUUCAAGAAAGGAACAUUUGAGGCCAGCUCUUGCAGUACUUAGAGGAUUUUUUUAAAAACCCAUCAGCUAUUCACCAAUAUACCUUGUGUUUUUUUUUUUUUUUUGUGGGGUUUUGCUAUAAAAAAUUUGAUAGAAUUUGUUUGAUGCCAAUCUCUCAUAGGCCUUAGUUUCCUGUUUUAGGCAGUUGUCUCUUCUUUACAGGAUCUUUUUGUUGUUGUUGUUGUUGUUGUUGUUGUUGUUGUUGUUCAUCUGUUUGAUGCAUAUCUGAUGCUGUCUUUGGAAGAGGCAGAAUUCAUUUGGAACGAGGGGUAAUUUCUUUACACAAGAUUGUCAUUUCUUUUUAUUGGUUUUGUUUAAGGGCUUUCUGUUUGCGUUUUGCUCUCCGUUUUUUUCAGAAGAAGCUUUUAGUGUCUCUGCCAUUACAUUACAGUCAUUAACAUUUGACAUCACAGGAAGCACACUGAGAGCAUGCAUUGUGGUGUAUUUGCUAGGAUCUUUUACAGUGCACCGAUUUGUCAUAUCCGAAUUCGUAUUCCGUUACUCGCGUCGUACCUUUUGUUUACUAUUACGGCAUACAUUUGGCGUCGGUGAUCAACCGACCUCGUACAGCAGUUCAGAUUAAGUUUGAUCUGAGUGAUGUUGAGGUGUGAAGGAUAUUUGGCGCAUGGGGGCUUUAGGACACCAUUCAACAAGUGUUUAGUCUUACAGUCAGGAUUUUAGUGUGUGUUACAGUGGAAAGACCCACCGUCUGGGAAGUAGAAGUGUUAGCAGCAGAUGCAGUAGGGAGUUUAAUAGUGUUUUGAGUUAAAAAUCAUAAUGAUUCACAAUGAGGAAGGAACAAAAAGUCGCAAUGGUAAGAAAAAGCUCGAACAAAGCGCUUGAAAACACAAUCGAUUACUUUAGUAAGAACAUGUACAAAUAAACCAGUGUGGCUCAUACAGAAGCACCUUUCUGCCACAGGAGAUAAACAAAAACAGAUUUCCAUCAGCAUCUCGUUAUUAUGAGAAAAGCGUCUUGUUACUACAAGAAAACAUCGUUAUUACGAGAAAAAAUGAUCAUGAAAAGAGCAUCGUUACUAUAAGAAAACAUCGUUAUUACGAGAAAAAAUUAUUACGAAAAAAGCAUCGUUACUAUAAGAAAACAUUGUUAUUAUGAGAUCGUUAUUAUGAAAAAAAAUGAUGAAAAAGGCAUCAUGAUACUACAAUAAAACAUCGUUAUUAUGAGAAAAAAAUUAUUAUGAAAAAAACAUUGUCACUACAAUAAAACCGUUAUGAGAAAAAAAUUAUGAUAAGCAUUGUUACUACAAUAAAACAUUAUUACGAGAGAGAAAAUUCGUUAUAAAAAAGCAUCAUUACUACAAUAAAACAUCAUUAUUACGAGAAAACAAUUCGCCAUUAUGAAAAAAAAGCAUCGUGAUACUACGAUAAAACAUCGUUAUCAUGAAAAAUUCAUCUGAUUAUUAUGAGAAAUUGAUUUUGCUAUUAUGAGAGAAAUCUGUUUGUAGUACCACCAAACUGAUCAUGUCUUCUAGUAAGAUGCUUUUCUUAUAAUAAUAAUAAUGUGUUUUCACGUAGUAACGAGAUCUUGUAGCAUUGAGAUGGUUUUCUCAUAAUUAACAGGAUGUUUUCACGUAACAAGAUUAUUUUCUCGUAAUAAUGAGAUCUUCUCUCAUGAUAACAGAUGUUUUCUUGUAAUAAUGAGAUGCUGGUUGGGAUUUUUCCCCUCGCGUUGCAGGGACGCGCUUCCGUACGCACAUGCAAGACCAAUAAGUAACAUCGUCGAUUACGCCGUACAGUAUGUAUUGCUUUUUGCAUCUGCUAAUGUAAAGCCACGAUCAGGGAUUCAGAUGGCGAUUUAGUUUACAUCAACAUUUGAGUAUAUUUCUAUUGUCCUGUUUAGCUGAAUAUUCCACCCUGCUGUAUUUAAUGCACAUAGAAACUCUGUUUAAAUACCUAAAGGCGUCCUUGUGUUCGAAUUUAAAGAACACACAGCAAUGAAACGGGAACAUUAGCUUUCUGACUCCAUUUUCUUCUUCGCGCUGAGGUACAAUUACCCAGAGACCACAGUGACGGGAACAGUAGAUAUCGUUUGAGCAAGACAAGUGUUUCCAACCACAUAACCAGCACAUCAAUGCAAAACUGCUGCGUAUGUCCAAAGUGCCAAAUCACCGCAGCCAUCGCACGCUGUAUGUCUGAAACCACACACACUCACUGUUUAAACGCUGCACAUCAGGAUGAGAGGUUUUACACUAAAGAAAUUAGAAAGAAGGAUUCAUUCAUUCAGUUCAUAUAAAAGAAAGUUAUUUUUUAACUGAAAGUAAUAUGACUUAAAGGAUAUAGAAAGAGUUUUCUCUGUGGGGUUUUUGUUGUUGCACUUUUAGUAAGGGAGACGUGACGUGGUAUAGCGCUUUAUAACCCGAUCUGUGGGGGGAAAAUAACUACAGAAUUAUUAAAGAUUAAAGAUGCCAUUACAAUAAUAUACCAUGUAAAGAAGUUUUUUUUUUGUUGUUUUAAAAAAAAAAAAAAAAAAAAAAAUUUAGACCAUGAUAUUGUCAGUGUCUUUAGGUCUAUAUGUGUGUGAACACUUGUCUGGUGUAAAUAUGGACCAUUUGUUGGAGUUUGAAUUUGUAUUUGUCGAGCCUAACAGCUUUUUGUCAGUCGGAUGUCCUCAGUUCUGUUGAGGUCCAUGUUAUUAAUAUACGUCAGAAAGAACGGCUUUAUUCUGCUAUUGGAAUCGAGUUCUAGUCAUACGUUUCACACAGUCAUCGUUCACAGUGUCAUGAAUGGAAGAAUGUGCUGAGAGCCUACGUGUUAGUCAGGAUUCGCCCUCUUUUAUCUACAGGUUGUUCAUAUCGAUUUGCAUGGUCAUAUUUAUUAAUGUGACUAUACAUUAUGAAUAUCAUCCCCAAAGCCACAGAAGUAUUACACAGUGUCAUCUAAACACAUUUGAUCCCGAUAUACGUAUUUAGUGUCGACUGGUUGUUUUAUCUCUUCCAUGACUUGUAUCUCAUCAGGUUCGAAUGCUGAGAUUUAAGUCUAUGUGUAGAUCUAAAAAUAGAUAAGUGUUGGAUGCGGUUGCAUAAAUCAAUGAAAAACAUCAUUUUCAAAUCAAAGACCUGAGCUAACGUCACUUAAAAGCCAGUAACACAGCCAGCAGACGGACGGGUCAUUUUAUUGUGCCCCCAAAGCCAUGUACUAUCCAUUUUACUACGCUGUAUAACUUGUACAUUUUUUGUACACUUUUUUUUCCUUCUCAUGUUAUCAGCCAUUGCAUGACAGAUACGAUAUGUUUGCUCUAUGACGGAGUUGGUUUGAUGGUUGCAAUCCACAAUGCAGUUUAAUAGUUUAUAUAUAGAUAUUUUAUUUGGACUACAUGCUAUGACAUUUCUGCAGAGCCAAAAGACGUCUUCUUAGAUUCUUAAUGUGAUUUCUUACGUUGUUAUUUUCAACAUAAUGUGCGAUGGAGAAUAAACAAUGUUUGCCUUUGUGGGAUUUGUUUUGUUUUGGAUUUUGAUUCAGUCUUUUUUUUUUUCUCCUGGGGAAAUUCAAAUGUCACAUUUAUUUUAUUAUUAUUGUGGGUAGCUUUUUAGUUUUAAUCUGGCUUACAUGGAUUCGGAGAUCGUCCUUCACACAUUUUCUAAACACUGUGAUUUUUACCUCAUUCAGACGAUAUUUUAAAGAAAAAAUUGGAACAUUCUAAGGAGUCUAGGAACUUUUUUUUUUUUUUUUUUUUUGUCCAAGUCGCUUCAUCCUGUAUUUGUAUGUCUUGUGUGUUUGACAGAUGAGCUACUGAUUUAACCAGAUGAUUAAAAUGUUUAUGAACACA